AUGGCCGAUGAUGAAGUGAGGUGCUUCCCCCGCGAGCUGGUUGUCGAGGCUUGUCGCCGAGACCAGACAGACCUGAUCGAGCAGAUUCUCAACAGCAUGAGUGAGAAGACAAAUGAGGAGGUGGCAGAGUUCUUCAACAGCGUGACGGAUGCCCUGGGAAACCACGCAUUGCACAUUUGCGCUUUAUACGGGAGCUACGAAGUUAUGGACGCCUUGUUCGACAUUCAGUACUUCGAGUGCGACCCUCUGACCCGCAUGGAUAAGGACACACCGCUACACAUUGCCGUACGCUACGCCAACGAUAAGAACCCUGAAUUAGGUGAGGAGAUGAUUAGUAUGAUGUGUGAGGCUGGUUGUGAUCCCCGGGUGCGGAAUAAGCAUGGUCAAAAACCCGCGGAUUUGGUCUUCAACAAGCCGGAGAUCAAGCAGGUCUUGCAAAAGGCUGAGUAUAUCCUGGCGGAAGGCAUCCAAGAUGAGACCAUGGGCUCUGAUAAUGAUGUUGCUAGUGAUAGCGACUAG